AGUCGUACUGUAUUCACUUUGAUCGAUCGAAAGAAAAUAUUAGAACGAAGAUAAAUUAUCAGAAAUAAUUAAAAGAAGUGGUAUAUUAAAAGCUAAUCAAUAUGGUGAGAGAUGAUGCGGAUCUACUUCUUAGCCCUAUAUAUCGGUCGAAAAAUAAAAACAAGCAGAAGGGGCCUGUGUCUGGGGAAGGAGAUUCUUCUACUGCAGAAGCGGCGCAAUCACAGGCACAAAGUGGCUCUACUAUUCAAACACCAGUUGAAACUCCCGAGACGAAAGGCGCUGAUAAAGCAGUUGAAAAGGAACCUCCUAAAGUUGAAUCGGUGCCUGCACAGCAAAAACAGGAGAUAGUUCAGGAGGAAGAAGAUGGAGGCCUGGGAUUGGGUAAAGGCGGUGGGAAAAAAAGACCACGUAAAAAGAAGUCAAUGGCAGCAGCAGCGGCGGCUUCUGCUGGUGCGGCUACAACCCCAACGGCAGUUCCUGCAGAUGCUUCAACAUCAGCACAUCAACCACAUGUCCAACAAAGCGACACAAUAACAAGACCUGAUGAAAAAGUUGCAUUUCCACCACCUGGUGUUGGGAGAGCUAGAGGUUCGUGGGCUGCAAGCUCCAGAGCAGCUCAACAAAAUCCCCCAGCUUUUGCUCCUCAGCAAGCUGUACAGGCUACUCCGCCGGCCUUUGUACCACAAGCAAGCUCUUCUUCCGGAAGAGGACAAGGCAGAGGUUCCGCUGCCUUCGAGCAAAAAGCACAAGUAGUGGGUGCACCUCCAGGACCCACUCCUAAAGCUUCAGGGUCUAGAUUUGAAAUACCUGCGAAAAUACCUGGUGGUGUUGUUCCUGCUAUGAAAACCAGGGUUGUGUGCAAUUAUUUGGAGAUGAAGAUACAACCCAUAAAAGUGAACCGUUAUGAUGUCUUGAUAUCACCAGACCGGCCAAAGAAACUACUGCGCAAGGUGUUUACACAAGCAAAGAUGCUUAAAUUCCCGAAGCAUGUUGUAGCAUUUGACCAAAGGAAAAAUUGCUACUCACUGGUGCCGCUUUGGACGUCGUCCGACGAACGCUGUUCCAUAAAAGUCCAAAUUUUGGACGAUAAUGACGCAAAAAUGGAUUUUGAAGUUAGCCUGAAAAACACCGGCGUCGUUGAUAUGGGGACAAUCAUUAACCACAUGAAGACACACGGCACUUCACUAAACUCACCAAUGGAAGCAAUACAAUGUGUAGACGUGAUUUUGCAACAAGGAACUUUGGAAAACUACGUUAGAGCUGGCAGGCAAUUUUUCAGACGUCCAAGAAAUCCAAUCGACUUGAGCUUCGGCUUGGAAAUGUGGACCGGCCUCUUCCAAUCGGCUGUAUUUACUUCUCAGGCUUUCAUCAAUAUUGAUGUGGCUCACAAGGGAUUUCCACGGCAGCAAAGUCUUGUCGACGCAGUUGUAAACGACUUCCGUUUGAAUCCCAAACAACCUUUAGAUCGUCAAAGGGGUGUGGAAAUGUUCAAUCAAUUUAUUAAGGGGUUGAGAGUCAAAGCAAACAUCGGUGGGACAGGCGUGAAGCAACGCGAAUUUAUCUGCAAUUCGAUUGUAGCACCGCCGAACAAGUUGUUUUUCAACCUGACGGAUUCCGAAGGGAAGACUACUCGGGAGAUCUCGGUAUUGAAGUACUUCGAGAUUGAGAAGAAAUGCAGAAUUCGUUUCCCGGAUCUGAACUGUAUGUGGGUGGGCCCCAAGGACAAGAAGAUUUACUAUCCUCUAGAAUUAUUGGAAGUGUCGUAUGGUCAGGCUUUGAAUAAACAAUUGAACGAGAAGCAGCUAUCGACGAUGGUUCGUGAGGCAGCAACUCCACCCAGCGAUCGACUCCAAAAAAUUAAGGACGUCAUACGUGAUAUGAAUUAUUCCGCGAACCCGUUCUUCAAACAUUUCAAAUUGGAGAUUGAUAAUAAGUUCUUCCAAGUGGAUGCUAAAGUACUGGAAGCGCCUAAAAUAGACAUUGGAACAGGAAGAUCCGUUGAACCAAGGAGAGGAGUGUGGCAAGCGAACCGUUUCCUAAGGCCAAGUGCGCUGGAGUCUUGGGGCUUUAUCGCUGUUGAGGUGGAUCCCAACUCUUGCAACUGCGAUAACGUGAUACAACUGAUAAUGCGAGUGGGACGCCAAAUGGGCAUGGCAGUUGCAGCUCCGGCCCUAACAAAAUUCAACGUGACUCAAUGUGAACUGAGAAAUGUCCUGUUAGACGCGCAAGAUAAGAGACUGAACUUCAUGUUCAUUGUUAUAUCUGGUAGAGACAAGGACGCUUAUCAUAAGAUAAAACGUAAGGCAGAGUUGGAGGUCGGCAUUUUAACCCAAUGCAUUAAAGAGAUGACAGUCAGCAGGCGCAUGAAUGAACAGACUGUACGCAACAUUUUGCUAAAGGUCAAUUCCAAGUUGAUGGGUAUCAAUCAAGCACUCGACUCUCGCAGUAUGCCCCAAUGCAUCAAAAGUGGCGAUGUUAUGGUUGUGGGAGCUGACGUCACUCACCCAUCGCCCGAUCAGAUGAGUGUCCCAAGUAUCGCCGCUGUGACAGCCUCGAUUGAUCCCAAGUGUUUCAUUUACCAUAUUGAAAUGAGUAUUCAGACACCAAAGCAUGAGAUCAUCGUUGAUUUCGAAAAUAUGAUGUUUGAUCAUCUAAGAAUUUACAAGAACCGUCAAAAAUGCCUGCCUAAGAAGAUAUUCGUUUUCCGUGAUGGAGUGUCGGAGGGUCAAUUCGCUCAGGUGAUGAACAGCGAGUUAGUGGCGGUGCACAGAGCUUACGCGCGGCACGACAGAGUCAAUAAACCAGAAAUAUUGUUCUUGCUCGUGCAGAAGAGACAUCAUACGCGGUUCUUCAUGGGAGAGCAGAAUCCACAAAAUGUUGAGCCAGGCACGGUGGUUGAUACCCACAUCGUUCAUCCCAAGGAACUUGACUUUUACUUGGUGUCUCAUCAAGCGAUAAAAGGUACAGCCCGACCUACGCGAUACCACGCAGUGUGCAACGACGGGAACAUCCCGGCCAACGAAGUGGAACAACUAACUUACUAUCUGUGCCACUUGUACUCACGCUGCUCUCGAUCUGUGUCGUAUCCCACACCGACGUACUACGCGCAUCUGGCUUGUUUCCGCGCAAAGUCUCUUACUUUCGGUGAUCGCUACGAAAACGUCGACUUGGAUAAAAAACCAAUAAGGCUCCGAGUGCUGGAUCGUAUGUUGGAGUGCAGCCGUAUGUUCUUUGUGUAAUUCGUAACGAAAGAGAAUACUUGUAUUGUUAUUGCGAAAAGAUUUUUAGUUAAAAAAAAAAUGCUUUGGUUGUCUAAUAUACUUCAUAUAUAAUGGAAUUUUCUCUACUUGAUGUGAAUUUUAUAUACUGGAU